UGCUUUCGUAGACUCUCGGUGGUUUGACCUUGAACCCGCGCUAGGGAGGGCGGCCGGUGACUUUCCUCCCCGUGCGUCGGAUGGAUUGAAAGAAGGAGGCCUUUCCCGGCGGGGGAAGCCAAGUGGGGGCAGAGCCCGCCGGGGACUGCCACCGACCGACCCUCACCAUUGUUCUUCCCCGCUCUCUGGAAGCAGGGCCUCCCCAUGGCUCCCCUGGGCGAAGUUGGAAACUAUUUCGGGGUGCAGGACGCGGCCCCUUUCGGGAACGUGCCCGUCCUGCCGGCGGACAGCCCGGGGCUGCUGAGAGACCACCUGGGCCCGGCGGAGGCGGGGGCCCUGCCCCGGGGACCUGCCGUCACGGACCUGGAUCACUUAAAGGGGAUUCUCAGGAGGAGGCAGCUCUACUGCAGGACUGGCUUUCACUUGGAAAUCUUCCCCAAUGGCACCAUCCAGGGCACCCGGCAAGACCACAGCCGAUUCGGUAUUCUGGAAUUUAUCAGUAUAGCGGUAGGCCUGGUCAGCAUACGUGGUGUGGACAGCGGACUCUACCUCGGCAUGAAUGAGAGAGGGGAGCUGUACGGAUCGGAAAAGUUAACCCAGGAAUGUGUAUUCAGAGAGCAGUUUGAAGAAAACUGGUACAACACUUACUCAUCGAAUCUCUAUAAACACGUGGACACCGGGAGGCGAUACUAUGUUGCAUUAAAUAAAGACGGGACUCCAAGAGAAGGGACCAGGACUAAGCGGCAUCAAAAAUUUACACAUUUUUUACCCCGGCCAGUGGACCCGGAGAAAGUACCCGAACUAUAUAAGGAUAUCUUAAGCCAAAGUUGACAAAGACAAUUCCUUCACUUGAACCUUUAAAAAGUAACCACUAUAAAGGUUUCAUGCGGUGGGUUCUUAUCGAUUAGCUGUGUCAUCACAUCAGCUCCACUGUUGCCAAACUUUGUCGCAUGCAUAAUGUAUGAUGGAGGCUUGGAUGGAACAUGCUGAUUUUUGUUCUGCACUUAGAGGUUUGUCCUCCUGGAGGAGGAGAACCUGCGCCCACUUGCUUGAUUAUUACGGAAGAGAGGAAAGAGUGGGAGGUGGGGAGGGAGAGAGAAAGGAGAGAAAGAGAAGAGAGAGACAGAGAGAAUGAUUGUGUGAGCGAACGGGUGUGAAGGGGAGACUGGAGGAACCGAAGCGAAGAGGAGAAAGGCCUGAUGCAUGCUGGAAAAUAGGCCCGCUUUUAAGUUUUUGAUCAGUUGUACUUCAUCAUAUAUCAGCAUAGCUGCCGUACUUGGACUCAUCAGGAUUUUGGGCUGGUGGCAUUUCCAGAAGCGUGGAGAGUGCAGUCUCGUUAAACAAAAGACUUUUCAGUUAAUGCUCGCCGGGGUCACCCCGGUGGGCCUAGAGCAAAGACCUCUUAGUAGAAAUAAAAAGUUAAAUUUAUUUAUAGAAAUUCCAAAGGCAACAUUUUAUUUAUUUUAUAUAUUUAUUUAUUAUAUAGAGUUUAUUUUUAAUGAAAUCUGUACAGGCCAGAUAGGCAUUUUGGAAGCGCUAGGCUCUGUCAGCGUUCCGUGGCUGUCUUCUCCGACCAUGUGGUUGACUCAUGCCAGGGAACUGGCCGGGGCGUGGAUGGAGGCCUGGCGUUCUCGGGACCCCGGCGUCCUCCCGGCGACAAUCUCUCUUGUGCCCACAUUAUUGUAAAAGUCCGCACAUUACUCCUGACACUGAGUAUUCACUCUUCCGACUGCUUGUUUCCUAGCUGAUCGCCCUCCCUCCCUCCCUCCCUCCCACCCCUCUGCAGAGGAUUAAAGAUCAAACUGGGUCUUGAACUUCUGUUCCGUGUCUGUAAU